UCCUCCUCCUCCUCCUCUUUGGGGGCGGGCUCACUCUCUAGCCUGGCCAGGCCUUUCCGCUCCCAGGCUUGUCCUCCUGACUCCCGGCGUUGCUUUGCUCAGCUCCCUUCCGAGAUGGCGAACCGGGCCCGCGGCCUGAGCCUCCUCGCCGUGGCCUCUUUCCUGGCGCUGCUGCUUCCCGCCAAGGUAUUCUCAGACUCUUGUAUUUGGUAUGGUGAGUGUGGAAUUGCUUCUGGAGAUAAACGAUACAAUUGUGAAUAUAAUGGUCCAGCACUGCCAUUACCGAAGGAUGGCUAUGACUUGGUUCAGGAACUUUGCCCAGGCCUUUUCUUUGGGAAUGUUAGCCUUUGUUGUGAUGUGCAUCAGCUUCAGACUUUGAAAAACAACUUGGAGCUCCCUCUGCAGUUUCUUUCCAGGUGCCCAUCAUGUUUUUAUAAUUUAAUCAACCUGUUCUGUGAGCUAACCUGCAGUCCUCAUCAAUCAGAAUUUUUGAAUGUUACACAAACAGAGCCAUACAUUGAUCCAGUUACAAAACAGAAUAAAACCAGCAUCACAGAGCUGCAGUAUUACAUUGGAGAAACAUUUUCUAAUGCCAUGUAUAACGCCUGUAAAGAUGUAGAGGCUCCAUCAAGCAAUGUGAAAGCACUGGGACUGCUGUGUGGAAAAGAUCCUAAAGACUGCAAUGCAACCAACUGGAUUCAGUAUAUGUUUAGUAAGGAUAAUGGUCAGGCUCCUUUCAACAUGAUUCCAAUAUUUUCAGAUGUCCCUAUCCAUGGGAUGACUCCUAUGAACAAUGCUACCAAAGGCUGCAAUGAGUCUAUGGAUGAUGCCACAGGGCCGUGCAGUUGUCAGGACUGCUCUAUCGUCUGUGGCCCCAAACCAGAGCCCCCUUCACCCCCUGCUCCGUGGCUUUUGCUCGGCUUAGAUGCUAUGUAUGUCAUCAUGUGGAUUUCCUACACAGGAUUUCUGCUAGUCUUUUUUGGAGUGGUUUUUGGAGUGUGGUGUUACAGGAAGAGACACUUCGUUUCAGAGUACACACCUAUUGACAGCAACAUUGCUUAUUCUGUUAGUUUACGCCAGGAUACUGGAGAAGCUACUUGGUGUGAAAGAUUCGGUGAAAAGUUUGAGAAUGCAUUAAGAGUCACAUUCAUGUCUUGGGGAGCAUUCUGUGUUCGAAACCCACGGCCUGUUAUUCUCUUCUCCCUGGUUGUUGUUGUUAUGUGCUGCUCAGGCCUCUCGUUUAUGAAAUUAACUACAAAUCCUAUAGACCUGUGGUCAGCCCCAAGUAGCCAGGCUCGCAAAGAAAAGGAAUAUUUUGAUGUUCACUUUGGACCUUUCUUCCGCGUUGAACAACUUAUUAUUCAGGCUCCUCGUGCCAAGCCAGAAAUCUACUCUCCAUACCCAUCAGGAGAUGAUGUUCCUUUUGGUCCUCCACUUACCAAAGAUAUUUUGCACCAGGUGCUAGACUUGCAGGAUGCUGUUGAAAAUAUAGCUGCUUCCUACAAUAAUGAGACCAUAAUGCUGAAGGACGUCUGCUUGAUCCCUCUUUCUCCCUACAAUAACAACUGUACUAUUCUGAGCGUACUCAACUAUUUCCAGAACAGCCAUUCUGUCCUAGAUCAUACCAUUGGUGAUGAUUUUUUUGUUUAUGCUGACUACCACUCUCACUUCUUAUACUGUGUCCAAGCUCCAGCAUCUUUGAACGACACAACUCUUCUUCAUGAUCCAUGCUUAGGAACAUUUGGCGGUCCUGUUUUUCCAUGGCUGGUGAUGGGAGGAUAUGAUGGUGACAAUUACAACAAUGCAACAGCCCUUGUCAUCACAUUUCCUGUCCAGAAUUACUACAAUGACACAGAAAAGCUGAAUAAAGCUCUUGCUUGGGAGGCAGAGUUCAUCAAGUUUGUGAAAAACUACAGCAACCCAAAUUUAACAAUUUCCUUUACCACUGAGCGCAGUAUUGAAGAUGAAAUAAACCGAGAAAGCAGCAGUGAUGCUAGAACCGUCGCCAUCAGUUAUGUGGUCAUGUUUGUGUACAUCUCCUUAGCUCUAGGACACAUCAGGAGUGCUUCCCGAUUCUUGGUGGAUUCAAAAAUUUCCUUGGGCAUUGCAGGGAUCCUGAUUGUACUGAGUUCAGUGGCAUGUUCAAUCGGUAUCUUCAGCUAUUUUGGAGUGAGCUUAACACUGAUUGUUAUUGAAGUCAUUCCAUUUUUGGUCCUGGCUGUUGGAGUGGACAAUAUUUUCAUUAUUGUUCAAACAUAUCAGAGAGAUGAGCGUCUUCAAGGUGAAACUCUAGAUAAGCAGAUUGGCCGCAUUCUUGGAGACGUGGCUCCUAGCAUGUUGCUUUCAUCGUUUUCAGAAACCGUGGCUUUUUUCCUGGGGAGUUUGUCCACUAUGCCCGCUGUCCGUACUUUCUCCCUCUUUGCUGCAAUGGCUGUACUCAUUGACUUUCUUCUUCAGAUUACAUGCUUUGUAAGCCUCUUGGGCCUGGACAUUAAGCGUCAGGAGAAAAAUCGAUAUGAUAUCCUGUGUUGUGUCAAAGGCAGUGAGGAAAUCAGUAAUGUUCAGCAUUCUGAAAGCAUGUUGUUUUUAUUCUUCAAAAACGUAUAUUCUCCAUUUCUCCUAAAGGACUGGAUGAGGCCAAUAGUGAUAUCCAUAUUUGUUGGAGUGCUAUCAUUCAGCAUAGCAGUUAUCAACAAAGUAGAGAUUGGUCUGGAUCAGAGGUUAUCAAUGCCAGAUGACUCCUACGUGUUGGAAUAUUUCAACUCUCUCGGUCGGUUCGUCCACUCUGGCCCUCCGGUCUACUUUGUGCUGGAAGAAGGGCAUAACUACACCACUCUGGAGGGGCAAAACAUGGUGGGUGGUGGGAUGGGAUGUGACAACAACUCCCUGGUACAGCAGCUAUUUGACGCAGCAGAAAUCAACAGCUAUACAAGAAUUGGCUAUCCUCCUUCUUCUUGGCUUGAUGACUACUUUGAUUGGGUCAAACCCCAGUCGUCCUGUUGCAGAGUCUAUAAUGCCACUGAACAAUUCUGCAAUGCUUCAGUUGUCAAUCCCUCCUGUGUCCGUUGCCGUCCACUAACUCCAGAAGGGAAGCAGAGGCCGCAGGGUGAAGAAUUCAUGAAAUUUCUCCCAAUGUUCCUCUCCGAUAAUCCUAACCCAAAAUGUGGUAAAGGAGGACAUGCUGCCUAUGGCUCUGCAGUUAACUUCAUAAACAACAAUACGGAAGUUGGAGCUACUUACUUCAGUUCUUAUCAUACAGUGCUGAAAACGUCCGCAGACUUCAUUGAUGCCAUGAAGAAAGCGCGGAUGAUCGCAAACAAUAUUACUGAAUCCAUGAGCCUCAAGGAGAAAAACUAUCGAGUAUUCCCUUACAGUGUGUUCUAUGUUUUUUAUGAACAAUAUAUGACCAUUGUCGGCGAUACCGUCUUCAACCUUACUGUUUCUCUUGGAUCGAUAUUUUUGGUAACAAUGGUACUCCUUGGCUUUGAAAUGUGGGCUGCCGUUGUCGUCUCUGCCACGAUUGCAAUGAUUUUGGUCAACAUGUUUGGAGUGAUGUGGCUCUGGGGCAUCAGCUUGAAUGCCGUUUCCUUGGUCAACCUCGUCAUGAGUUGCGGCAUCUCUGUCGAGUUCUGCAGCCACGUGGUGAGAGCCUUCACAAUCAGCACAAAAGCCACCCGAACUGAGCGCGCUCAGGAUGCCCUGUCUCACAUGGGGAGCUCUGUUUUCAGUGGAAUUACACUCACGAAAUUUGGAGGAAUAGUGGUGCUCGCUUUCUCAAAAUCCCAAAUUUUCCAGAUCUUCUACUUCAGGAUGUACUUAGCUAUGGUACUUCUUGGAGCAACACAUGGACUAAUAUUUCUUCCUGUCCUGCUAAGCUACAUAGGCCCCUCAGUGAAUAAAGCUAAAGUACGUGCAGCACAAGAAAGGAGUAAAGGUACAGAAAGAGAAAAACUCCUGUUCUUCUAGCUGUUUUAAACCAUGUGGUCAGUGGACUCUGAAUUCUGGGUGAAGAAGCCCUUUAUGCUGAAAUGUAGCAAGUUUCUGUGACUACUGUCUCGCAACUGGAAAAUAUUACUGGAUUGAAGACCAGUAGUUUUGGACAAUUUCAACUCAGGACGUUGUACAUCCAACUACAGAUUUGUCAGUAUUACUAAAACUAGGGAGUAUUAACACAGUCAGAAAUAGUUUCGAUUUAAUAAAUUCUGGUUUUCACUGUGAUGGUUCCACCCUGAAAAUACCUUCCUGAGGAAAUUUGAAGUGACAAGUAUGAGGAUAAAUUGCUGCACCACUGACACUAUUUUUUUAAUGCAACUCAAUGCAAUUUCUGGCUCUAUUUUUUAGGAGAAAAGCAAAACAUGACUCAAAAUGUUGUAAUAUUUUUUAAUAUCUGCCAAAGGAUCUGUAUAUAUACUUUAUUAUAAAAUAGGAUUUUUUUGUAGGUCAAAAAGUCUUGGUACAUAAAUGCAAUAAAUUAAAUUUAUACAUAUUUUUUUGUAUCGCAACCGCUUUUACUAAUUCCUAAAAAGUGGUAGGCUUCAUUAACGAUUGGUCUCCAAAAACUUGCUUAAAAAACGUGACAUGCUCUUCACAGUGCUCUCCUGCAAGAUAAAAACAGAAUAGCGCAAGGUUACAAAACACUUUAGUAUAAUGCAGAAUUAAAAGUUUUAACUGUCUUCCUAAUAUAUAUAUAUUAUUUUCUUUGAACUGCAUUUAUUUUCUUUUUUUAAAUCGCUACAUGUUGUUUGCUUGAGCUCUGCACUCAUCAAACAGCAAAGCUGGACUAAAAGCCCAGUUAAGACCUAGCCGGAAAAAAACAACAGGUUAAUAAAUUGGGAGAAGUUUAGGGUACUUAUAUGCUCAUAACAGUAUCUGUGGUGAGUCUUGUAGGGCCAGAGUAGAUUUUAUGCAUAAUCACAUUUUGGGAUAAGGGAAGCAGUUUACUAUUCUUCUGUGGGAAUCGUUUUCCUGAGCAUUAACCUUUGUUCCGACAACUUUCGAGUUCUGUCCGGACCAGCUGCUUCCCCAGGAUUAUGUCUAACAUUAACACAAGAACUAUUAUUACCAAAUUAAUGUUGUUAAUUAAUUAAUUGUGAUUAGCAUGCACAAAUUAAUGUUUACAGUCAAUGGAUUGGAAUAAUGAUCCAAGGGAAACACAAGGGAAACAUGUUUAUACGUAGCUAAUUUAUUUUCCAAAGGUAGGGGCACUGAUCGUAGGCAGCUGCAGGUAAGGGCACCUCUUUGACACUUGUUUAAUCCACUAAGUCAGGCCUGGGCAAACUUGGGCCCUCCCUCCAGUUGUUUUGGACUCCAACUCCCACCAUUCCUAACAGCCUCAGGCCCUUUCCUUUUCCCCCUCAGCCGCUUAAGCAGCUGAGAGGGAAAAGGAAAGGGCCUGAGGCUGUUAGGAAUGGUGGGAGUUGGAGUCCAAAACAACUGGAAGGCUGAAGUUUGCCAUACCUGCACGAAGGAUUAUUAGAUUGUUAUUUUAUCAUGAUUAGAGAGAGAAAGCCAUUUUAAAACUAAACCACAAGGGCUACAGCAAGGAUGCUAAAGUGUGGCUAUCUGUCUCACACUUUUACUUGGAAACGUAUCUUCUGGAGUUUGGCAAGGGGAUUUGGCACUUCUCCUUGGAGGAGCAUCUUGUGUCCAAACAGGUAUUUUUUUCCCAGGUCACUUCUUGUUGGUAAAAUGUCUCCUAGGCUUAAAAAUAGCUUAUGGGAGGUGCAAGAAUGUUUGCAAAAUGCUCUUGCAAUCCCUCCAUGAUAUCUGGGCCCCCAAAAAUGGGGGUAUGUGGCCUUCUCAGGUCUAAGGGGUGUGUGAUGCAGCCCAUGGAGGGUAUGCUAAAAAAGGCAGUAUUAGUACACACCUCUCCAAAUUACAGCAGGCUAUCAGUGUAUUCCCACCACCAAACAGUUAUACAUGUUUUUUUAAUGAAAGUAGUGUUUUUCUUCACUGCUGUUGUUCAUACAGACUUUUUAAAGUCAAUUCUCCAUGUCAACUCUUCCAGGACUUUUAGUUUCACCACUAUCUCUGAAAUUUCAACUAUUCCAUAGACCAGGGAUGGGCAAACUUCAGCCCUCCAGGUGUUUUUGAUUUCAACUCCCACAAUUUCUAUUGGCUGUUAGGAAUUGUGGGAAUUGAAGUCCAAAAUACCUGGAGGGCCGAAGUUUGCCCAUGCCUGCCAUAUAUAGAUAUACUGUAGAUAUAGUGCCUUUACUGCAAAAACUAUGCUUAGGAACAAAAAUACUGGGCUACAGAUGUGGUUUCUUCCCCCUUUUUUUGAGAGAGAGAGGUUAUCUCUUUUCUGAACUCCUUGAAAUGUUAACAGCAGUAACUUGCAAUGGCAAUAUUCUCUGAUCAAUCUUAGGAAAGGACUUCAACACACACUGUCUAUUAAGAUGGUUUAUAGGAGAACAUGUUAAAAGGAUAUUGUACAAGAAUACCUCAACUGUUUCGGUUAUGCUAAUAAACACAAACUGAUAUUCAA